AUGACUUCCCGUUUCGAGCACAACCGCCGCGUCGCCUACGAGUGCGAGAACGACCUCAACUCCUACCAGGCCAAGCAGGGUCUCGGCCCCAAGAGUGACUCCGUCAAUGAGUCCGGCGUCAACGAGAUGGUCGACCAGCGCUUCCCCGAGUCCCGCGGCGUCAAGUACGGCCCUGGCUCAACUGCCUCUGGCAGUGACCACCGCGUGAUCCCCGAGGAUGAGGGUGGCACUCGUGAUGACCGUGGCAGACUCCCCAAGGGCGAGCACUUCAAGGGCAAGGGUGGCCCCGAGGAUAGCCUCAAGGCCGAGUCCGAUAUCCGUCCGGGUGACCAGGACGUCCCCAAUUUGCAGGACUUUAAGCGUCGGGGUGUUGCGGAGUAA